CGCAGCGCGUGGCCUGCCGGGAGGGGGCAGGUAGCGGGUCCAAUGGGUGCGGGUUCUCGAGGAGAAGGCGGAGAAGAGGAGGAAGAAGGCGGAAUCUAGGCCCCGGCCCCAUUCAUUGCCGCGGCCGGCCGGGCGGGGGUCCCGUGUUUUCCGAGUCAUGGAGGCGCUAAUUCCUGUCAUCAACAAGCUGCAGGAUGUCUUCAACACCGUGGGCGCCGACAUCAUCCAGCUGCCCCAGAUCGUCGUCGUGGGAACACAGAGCAGUGGAAAGAGCUCAGUGCUUGAAAGCCUAGUGGGGAGGGACCUACUUCCUAGAGGUACUGGUAUUGUCACCCGGAGACCUCUCAUUCUACAGCUGGUCCAUGUGUCACCAGAAGAUAAACGAAAAACAACUGGAGAAGAAAAUGACCCUGCUACAUGGAAAAACUCAAGACACCUUUCUAAAGGGGUAGAAGCAGAAGAAUGGGGUAAAUUUCUUCACACCAAAAAUAAGCUUUACACAGAUUUUGAUGAAAUUCGACAAGAAAUUGAAAAUGAAACAGAAAGAAUUUCAGGAAAUAAUAAGGGAGUAAGCCCUGAGCCAAUUCAUCUUAAGAUUUUUUCACCCAAUGUUGUCAAUUUGACACUUGUGGAUUUGCCAGGAAUGACCAAGGUGCCAGUAGGUGAUCAACCUAAGGAUAUUGAGCUUCAAAUCAGAGAGCUCAUUCUUCGGUUCAUCAGUAAUCCAAAUUCCAUUAUCCUCGCCGUCACUGCUGCUAAUACGGAUAUGGCAACAUCAGAGGCACUUAAAAUUUCAAGAGAAGUAGAUCCAGAUGGUCGCAGAACCCUCGCUGUAAUCACUAAACUUGAUCUCAUGGAUGCGGGUACUGAUGCCAUGGAUGUAUUGAUGGGAAGGGUCAUUCCAGUCAAACUUGGAAUAAUUGGAGUAGUUAACAGGAGCCAGCUAGAUAUUAACAAUAAGAAGAGUGUCACUGAUUCAAUCCGGGAUGAAUAUGCUUUUCUGCAAAAGAAAUACCCAUCUCUGGCUAAUCGAAAUGGGACAAAGUAUCUUGCUAGGACUCUAAACAGGUUACUGAUGCAUCACAUCAGAGACUGCUUACCAGAGCUAAAAACAAGAAUAAAUGUUCUCGCUGCUCAGUAUCAGUCACUUCUGAAUAGCUACGGUGAACCUGUGGAUGAUAAAAGUGCUACUCUACUGCAGCUUAUUACCAAAUUUGCCACAGAAUACUGUAACACUAUUGAAGGAACUGCAAAAUAUAUUGAAACUUCAGAGCUAUGCGGUGGUGCUAGAAUUUGUUAUAUUUUCCAUGAGACUUUUGGGAGAACCUUAGAAUCUGUUGACCCACUGGGUGGCCUUAAUACUAUUGAUAUUUUGACUGCCAUUAGAAAUGCUACUGGUCCUCGUCCUGCUUUAUUUGUGCCUGAGGUCUCAUUUGAGUUACUGGUCAAGCGGCAAAUCAAGCGUCUAGAAGAGCCCAGCCUCCGCUGUGUGGAACUCGUACAUGAGGAGAUGCAGAGGAUCAUUCAGCACUGCAGCAAUUACAGCACACAGGAAUUGUUACGGUUUCCUAAACUUCACGAUGCCAUAGUUGAAGUAGUGACUUGUCUUCUUCGUAAAAGGCUGCCUGUUACAAACGAAAUGGUCCAUAACUUAGUGGCAAUUGAACUAGCUUAUAUCAACACAAAACAUCCAGACUUUGCUGAUGCGUCUGGGUUAAUGAACAAUAAUAUAGAGGAACAAAGAAGAAACAGACUAGCAAGAGAAUUACCUUCAGCUGUAUCACGAGACAAGUCCUCUAAAGUUCCAAGUGCUUUGGCACCUGCCUCCCAGGAGCCCUCCCCUGCUGCUUCUGCUGAGGCUGAUGGCAAGUUAAUUCAGGACAACAGAAGAGAAACUAAAAAUGUUGCAUCUGGAGGUGGUGGGGUUGGAGAUGGUGUUCAAGAACCAACAACAGGCAACUGGCGAGGAAUGCUGAAAACUUCAAAAGCUGAAGAGUUAUUGGCUGAAGAGAAAUCAAAGCCAAUCCCAAUUAUGCCAGCCAGUCCACAAAAAGGCCAUGCUGUGAAUCUGCUGGAUGUGCCGGUUCCUGUUGCACGAAAACUAUCUGCCCGUGAACAGCGAGAUUGUGAGGUUAUCGAACGACUCAUCAAGUCUUAUUUUCUUAUUGUCAGAAAGAAUAUUCAAGACAGUGUGCCAAAGGCAGUAAUGCAUUUUUUGGUUAAUCAUGUGAAAGAUACUCUUCAGAGUGAGUUAGUAGGACAGCUAUAUAAAUCAUCUUUAUUGGACGAUCUUCUGACUGAAUCUGAGGACAUGGCACAGCGUAGGAAAGAAGCAGCUGAUAUGCUAAAGGCAUUACAAGGAGCCAGUCAAAUUAUUGCUGAAAUCCGAGAGACUCAUCUUUGGUGAAGAGAACUAUAUAAUACUGAGACUUUGUUGACUCAAAACUUGCUAGUUACUGCCUACCUGAGUAGAAUUUUAUUUAUGAACUCCUGUGUAUUGCAACGGUAUGGAUCUGCUCAUGUGCAGACUGGCUAUAAACUGAAAAGUGUACUCUGUAUUACAGAACAAAUCACACAUUUAAUCCAAAUAAUAAAUGGCUGUUUCUAAAGAUUUCCAGUAUAUAUAAAAUAUAUUGAGUCUGUCUUGUGACAGUUUCAUUUGAACUUAAAAAAGAAUUGUUAAUGUUCCAGUUGUACAAAGCAGUUUGCCUGUGGAUAAGAUGACCUGUGUAAUCUGUUAGUAGUCUUACAGCUGCUGCCAUAGUCCUUCCAGAAGAAAGCACCAAGACGAUAUUUCAUAUGACUAAUGCAUGCACUGUAUAAACUGAUCUGGCUUUAAAAGAUGUGGGUUGGCAAGUUCCUCAUGUAGAAUCACUGUAUUCCACCUGUCCUUCGAUUUACAGUUUGAGCUUCUCUGCAGCCUUUGAUGUGUUAGUAAGAAAGCUGAAUGCACAAGAGGAUCUGUGACGUUGACCAAGAUGUGGUGUGCAUCACUGUGUAGUGACAUGGCCCCUCCAAGUACAAGUCCACAUUGCCCUAGCGCGCUGAAAGUGAAAAUACUUUGAUUCUUACCCAAAAAGCAUGAAUUCCAGCUUCCUGCAUUAAAAAUCAUCAUCUAGACUUGAUUAUAGUAAGACCUGGUAAUGAUGGCCAGUUCCUUUUAGUUUUACAGGACCCAGUGAUGACCUAAAACUCUCCUCAGUUUGCAGACAUAGCAGUGGUCCUUAAGGUACAGCUCUAAAAUGGGACACUUACACCAGGCUCUAAAGAUUCACUUUGAGGUAGGGCUUAAACCAUCUUACCCUCUGUGUAAGUAUUCAUUGCUAACAGCUACUUUACUUCAUAUCAACAAAAUACAUUAGGAUAGUGGUAUGGAAAUGUGGGUGGAGCUUUGUUAUUUAAAGAGAAACGUCUGGACACACACUCCUUAAGUCUUACUGACUAUGAAAUAGCAGUGGGGGUGGGAGGAGAGGCUUAGGACAUACACAUUUUUAAAUUCAAAUUCCCCAGGUGAUUCCUAUUAUGAACUACUACUAUAUUACAAAUUUCAAGUUAUGGGUAGAAAUCUUUAAUACAUCUAGCUUCAUCUCUAACAUCUAACAAGUUAUAUACUGCAGACAUUAACAUUUUUUGCCAAGUGACGCUGAAUAUUCAUGAAGGGCUACUGGCAGGAAAAUACAUGUAAGUUAACUUUACCUCUGUUACCCAUUUACUAAAAAUGAGCAGGCUCAGCAACUUAUCUCAAACAAUCAGGUAAGAUAUGGUACUGCUCUGACUCUUCAACGGUACCAUCUUGACAGAAUACAGAGUACCAAAAUGUUUCUUAGCACACUUAAAACUUACUCUGCCAUUAUUAAAGAUCAGUUUUGAAAUUAUAGCCAUCCAUGUUUUAUUUUUUUCAGGUAGAUCAGUUGACUACCAUUCUGGCCUUCUGAAUUUAUAAGAAAAAAAGGGAAGGAAAACUUACUUUUCUCCAGCAUAUCAAACAGAUUUCAAACUGAGCAUGCUGGCUUUAAAGACGCUAUGGUGAUGCACUUGCUAGUACUACACACUCUGUACAAUGAAAUAUAAUGAAAAAGAGGCAAGAAACUUAUGGAAAGAGAAAACCUUUCUGUGCUGGCCCUUAAACUGAGUGAAGUUCUGAAAUGUAGAGAUGACAUUUAUAAUAGAUACCUGUAUGUUUUGCUGUGUAAAUAAAAUUGCUGGUAUGAAAUGAUA